AAUCAGAUCUAAAAGUUCUAGAUAGUGUAACUCAACCUUACGAUGAAAGUGUAAGGAGGGUUGAAAGAGGCUCAAAAAUUAUAUGUGCUGCAUAUUAUGAUGUAUUCUUGAUACUACAGAUGCCAAGAGGAAAUCUAGAGACUAUAUAUCCACGUGCUUUGGUCUUAGCAUCAGUCCGAGAUUUUCUUGAUAAAUUUGAUUAUUUAUCAGCCUAUAAAGCGUGCCGAAAACAUCGAAUUGAUCUAAAUAUUUUAUAUGACCAUAAACCUGAUUUAUUCUUGAAAAAUGUUCAAUCUUUUGUUACUCAAAUCACAAAAGUUGACUAUUUGAAUUUAUUUCUGUCAAGUCUAAGAAAUGAGGACGUUACAAUAACAAUGUAUUCUCAAAUUGGAAUUGGUUCUAAAUCUUCUUCCUCUUCUACAGAUUUACACGAUGUGUCCACAAAAGUUAAUACAAUAUGUGAUGCUGUACGUGCUGUUUUAAAAUCAAUGGACACCAAAAUAUAUCUCCAAUCGAUAAUAACAUCAUAUGUUCGAAAAACACCACCUGAUUUGGAAUCUGCAUUAAAUUUACUAGCAAAAUUAAAAGGCUUGUGA